AUGGCUUUCCCCGGCAAGGAUGAUAAUCUUGACUGGGCUAUUAACUAUGCAAAAGCCAUCGAGGAGGGCCGCUGGGUUGCGAGAGACAUCUGCGGAUCUGAUUCCGAGAGGAUGUCCUCCGAGAACAUAGUGAAAUACCUGAAAAGUGAACCAGAUCUGAAAGCCAUUACUAACGUUGCGGAGGUGUCGGAGGCCGAGUAUCCCCUUAUGGCUGCCGUCGACAGAGGCAACAAGGGUAUCACACGUCAUGAAGGAAAAGUGGUCAAAAUGGCAGUCGGAGAAAAAAAUGCGAAAAAAGUUCUUCUUUUGGUCGGUAAAGGAAUCACAUUCGACACUGGUGGCUAUGAUCUAAAGGUAGAUUUCAAAGGCAGAGACGUUCAGAUCAUAACUGCUGCGACUCUAACGGGCCACGUUGUUCGCUGCUAUAAAUGGAUAACGGGUGCCAUGGAAAAUGGUCCGUCAAAGCAGGCUGGUUUCCUCAAAGCGUUGCGUAAAUCUGGUGAUCAGAUUUCUGACAUGUUGGAGACAACUGACUUAAAACUAAUAAUCCUUAAAUCGCAAAAGCCCACUCACGAUCAAGGAAUGCCGAACCUUCUACAGUACAUGGAAAGCAGUUCUAAGUCCGCACAGACCCUUUCAAACUUCCGAUAUCGCAUAUAUGCAAACGAAAUCUUAGGCGAAAUGACUCUUCGUAAAGAAGACUAUGACUUUAAUCUAACGCCCCUGGAAACGGAAGAUUACCUCCAGUGCAACAACGCCGGCAGCGUCUCAACCCCACGUGGACACCAAGCUCCGGCCGCGUUCAUGAUUCAAGCCAGUGGACUUGAUGCACAUGGCAUCGACAGCGAUGAGCCGAUCAGGUUUGCUCACCUUGACGUAGCAGGCAGUGCUGGCCUCAUCGAUACGGUGCCCACGGCUGCACCAAUGACGAUGCUCACAAACCACUACUUGAUGAAACCCGCUAAAUAA